UGAGAAACCAUAUGAACUAACUUAACAAUACUUGAAAGGUUUCAAACUCUAUUGGCUGAUUCUCAUUUUCCCUUUUGGCUGUUCGCUAACAAUACUACACUCUGGCUGUGUUCUCUUGUUGGGGAAAAUAAGUCAUUCUCCACCUAUAACUUUCACUCAUUCAGUAUUUCUACAUCUAUUACUGAGUCUACAAAUUUACUAGUGCUCAUCAAGUGAAUCGAAACAUCUGUGAGUCUCAAAGAUGCCUUCAAUGAGCUUGGAGGGCUUAAGAGACCCAGGUGACAGAUAUGAGUUGGGGGAUGUUCUUGGAAGUGGCGUGUAUGGAACUGUUUAUGCAGCCACUGACUCGCAGUCAGGCGACAAGAAAGUAGCUAUUAAAGUUCAGGGCUACAACUCUGAUACAAAACAAGAUUUGGAAGAAGAAUAUAAUAUUUUAAGUGAACUAGCAACUCAUCCUAAUUUCCCCGAUUUCUAUGGAGCUUAUAAAAAACAAAAUUCCAGCGGAGAUGAGAUUUGGUUUGUCAUGCAGCUGUGCGAAGGAGGUUCAAUUACUGAUUUGGUACGAGGUUUACAAAAACAGAAUAAAAGAAUGACAGAAGAGCAUAUUGCAUACAUUCUCAAAGAAACUGUAAAGGCGCUGGUUCACCUUCAUGAGCAUAAUAUCAUACAUAGAGAUGUUAGAGGAAGCAACAUACUCGUCACCCAUAAUGGUGAAAUCAAACUGAUUGACUUCGGUUUAUCAAGAAAUGCAAAAAAUAGCGAGGGUAGAAGAGGAACCAGUGUGGGAUCUCCUUCUUGGAUGGCCCCUGAAGUGGUCACUGCUGCUAAGAGUGAUUCAUCCUACGACAGUCGCAUCGACGUUUGGUCUCUAGGUAUUACAGCUAUAGAGCUAGGAGACGGGAAAGCGCCAUUCGAAGACAUUCAUCCGACUAGGGCUCUGUUCCAGAUCGUCCGCAACCCUCCGCCAUUGCUCUACAGACCAGCCAACUGGACACAGAUAUACAAUGACUUCAUUGCCGAAUGUUUAGAGAAGAAUCCAGAGAAUCGUCCAUUCAUGGUUGAAAUACUAGAGCAUCCAUUCCUUACAAAUCUACCAGAGAAUGACUACCAUCUGACUUGUGAAAUCAAAAGUUUGAUAUCGUGUAUAACACCAGAAAUAGUUUCUACCAGGAAGCCAGAGCGGCAGAUAAGGAAAGGACUUCUGCAAGACAGAGGAGAAGAGCCAAAAAUACUGAGAGUUGAAGAUCUGGCGGCUCUCGACGGCAUCACCGAGGACUCAAUUUUGGUCGAACUUGAGGAGCGUUCAAAGACCGGAAAGGAUUAUACAUUUGUCGGGGACGUACUUAUGUAUCUGAAUCCUAAUGAAGAGAGGAAUAUCUAUGAUCCAGAGAUGCAAACCAAGUACCAGUUCAAGUCCAGAUCGGAUAAUGCGCCUCACAUAUUCUGUGUGGCAGACAGUGCAUAUCAAGACAUGCUGCAUCACGACGAGCCGCAACACAUUGUGCUGGCCGGUGAAACCAUGUCGGGCAAAACCACUCAAUGCAAGCAUCUCGUCAAACACCUUCUCUACCUCGGAUUGAGCCCGAACAAAGUAGGUGAGAAGAUUGAGCAAGCCAUUAAAACGAUCCACGCAUUCGGCAAUGCUGCGACUGCAUUCAAUCCAGAUUCGACGAGGCACAUCGUGCAGACGCAAAUCACCUACUCAAGCAGCGGAAAGGUCAGCGGCGCCAUUUUCUGGCUCUAUCAGCUGGACAAGUGGAGGAUAACUGGCAAUAGGACUCAGCAGAAAGCCACGUUCCACAUAUUCUACUACUUCUAUGACUACUUGGUAGCAAAUAACUUGUUGGAUAAAUAUAAACUCGAGCCUGGCAGAAAAUAUAACUUUUUACACACUUUGGGAAAUGACGACAGUGAAAUAAAGAGUGCCGAAGGGCCCAGAGAGAACACAGCUGAUAAUGUUGAUAAGUUCAAGGAGAUUAAAUCUUACUUGGAAAAGAUGGAGUUUGAUGAGGCCCACAUAGAAACCAUAUUUCGAUCAUUGGCCGCCAUCUUGCUUCUUGGAGAAGUCCGCUUCCAGGAUCACGAGGAUGGCAAGGCUGAUAUAAAGAAUCCUGAAAUAUCGUCAAAAGCUGCUGAACUACUGAGGCUUGACGAGAAGAAAUUCAAUUGGGCCCUCUGCAACUAUUGCGUUAUUCUGAAAGGCCAGGCCGUCAGACGCAAGCAUACCAAGAACGAAGCUGAAGAGGCCAGGAAUGUGUUGGCAGCCGGUAUUUACUAUCGACUCUUUGACUGGCUCGUCAAUGUCAUCAAUUUGAAACUAUCAUUCUCAAGAGCCGUCUUUGGUGAUAAAUACUACACAACUGUUCUGGACCUAUUCGGAUUUGAAUGCUACCAGAAAAAUGGCCUUGAACAACUCUUUGUCAACACUAUGAAUGAGCAGUUACAAUAUUUUUUCAAUCAACGAGUAUUUGUGAGUGAAAUGCAAGAACAAGAGGAAGAAGACAUAUCUUUGGCACCAUUGCAGUAUUAUGACAACAAGCCGACCGUAGAUGAGUUGAUGAUGAAGCCCGAUGGCUUGAUGUACAUGGUGGACGAAGCAAGUCGCAGCCCUCUUGGCUCCGAAUUUAUUAUAGAAACACUCACCAAUAAACCAAAAGGCCCCAGGGUGAAAAUGUCAACGACCAAAGAUUUCUGUGUGGCCCAUUACACAGGAAAAGUGAUGUACGAGACAAACAGAAUGGCAGAGAAGAACAGAGAUUUCCUGCCACCUGAGAUGAUCGAGACGAUGCGACUGUCGUCGGACAUGGUGAUCAAGCAGCUGUUCACCAAUCAGCUGACGAAGAGUGGCAACCUCACCUUCUCGUCCGACCAGACUGUGUCGGUGACCAGUGGCCGCAAAAAGCGCUGGGGAGCUGCCCUUGUCGCCGAGUCCGAUCAUGGCAGGAAAUUCAACACGGAAUCGAAGGGAGAGUACUCACAGACACGACGCAUGCGCACUGCGGCGGCGACUUUCCGCGCAUCCAGCCUGGAGGUGCUUCGCAGCCUGGGUAUGGGCCCCGAACAGGGCAGCAUCCACUUUGUGCGCUGUCUGCGCUCCAACCUGACCGGCGCCCCCCGCCACUUCCAGGCCGAGGUUGUCAGGCAGCAGUUGCGCGCUCUGGCCAUCGUAGACACGGCCCGCGCACGCCAGAAGGGCUACUCUUGUCGCAUCUCCUUCCCCGACUUCAUCCGUAGAUACAAAUUCUUGGCUUUCGACUUUGAUGAAAAUGUUGACGUAUCACGUGAUAACUGUCGAUUGCUUCUUGUUCGUCUAAAGAUGGAAGGAUGGACUAUUGGAAAAACAAAAGUAUUUUUGAAGUACUAUAAUGAAGAAUACUUAUCGAGGUUGUACGAGACCCAAGUGAAGAAAAUAGUGAAAGUGCAGUGCAUGAUGCGAGCCUUCUUAGCCAAGAGGAACUUCGCGACCAAGCUGAAGAAGUUCAAGUCGCAGGACUCGACGGCGACCGAGCCGAUCGACAAGGAGGCCGCUAAUAAAAAUCGAAAACCUGCAAGGAAGAAGGAAGAUAUGUCACAAGACGAAGCUGCAGUCAUCAUUCAAUCACUGUCUAACAAAAUGGAUACAGCAACAAGACAGUUCAUGAAACAGUUUUGUAAGAAAUGGAAGUCCUCAUCAAUAUUCCAAGUUUUGUUAUUAUAUCGGGCAACAAAGUACCAAGAGCUUGUGUACUUUUCUCAGCAGGCCCAUUUGUACAAUGGAAAUGCUGUGAGUGCUAUGAUUAGUAGCAACAAAGAUCACAUACCUAUUAAAAAUAUCGAUCAGCGCGUGAAGGCAUCACAAUUUCUGGGAGAAUUUCGACCAGCUAUUCGAAAAAUUCCGUUCCGAAUCAAUGAGUUUCCAUUCUGUGAUACCCAUCUUGAUCCAUCAAACAGAGUGCCUAUGGGCGAUGACAUUUCUUGGGAUGAUCCAUUCAAAUACCAAGCUCCUUCAGACUACUAUGCUUAUGUGAUGAAGAAGAAUGAAAAGAAAAAGAUCUAUGUGAGAGAAGAAGACAACAAAGAUGUAAUAAACUUCAUACAAACUCCAUAUUGUCGUGAUCCUGACAUAGCUGAAUCUGUAUAUCAGGGACAACCUUACAGAAGGUACGACACAGGAAAAAGGAAGCGAUCAAUUAAAUCGAAUCGUGCUCCAGUGCCUCAAGGCUCAUCGUAUCAAGCAGCUAAUGUAAAUGUGAGACAGCAAGCUGCCAAUUUCAGGGAUUUGCAUCCGGAGAAAACAUUUGCCCCGCCACCUCCUAGCGCUUACUCCAACAAUAAUAACUAUGCCAGCAAUAGAGGUGCUUCAGCUGGAAACAAAUUCUCUGAUGACAGCAGGAUGAAAGCUGGUCCAGGAGUGAAAAGAGACCAUAAUCCAAUAAUUGAAAUGGAAUUGAGAGGAAAACGCCAGCAAAGCGAUGGUGAUGAUGAUAAUCCACCUUUCAAUUUCCAGGCAAUGUUGAGAAAGACAAACGUGACUCGAGCAUCACUGAGACGGUCGCCAGAGCCUGAGGAUGCCUACAAUAGAAACACCUCUCACGCCCAGUACGGCUCCAACACAAACAACAACGCAUUCGAGGGCAAAAAUCUGAGAAACACCGGCUAUAAUUCCAAUGUGGUUUACAACAGCAAUGCUGGUCAGAAGCAGAGUGGCUGGAAUUCAAGUGAGGACAAAUUUCAGAAAUCAGAAUACAAUCGUUCUCAGUCGUCGCACAUGCAGAAUAAGAAAUUCCUUCAUGGCACCAUUGAUGAAGAUUCGGCCUGUGAGGGUCCCUAUGGAAGGCAGAGGAAAUCAAAAGUGAAAACCGAGCUUCUGCCAGGAAUUGUUAUGGAGGGAGAAGUUGCUGAGCUCUAAUUAUCCUGCAUGAGGUAUAAAUUGGGCUAUUGUAUUGAGCUACCAAUAUAAUAUUCUUGAGAUAACAAGAUAUACAAAUAAUUAUGAGAAAUAUAUUUAUUUUAUUCUUGAAUAAUGUUUUAGAUGUGUUACAUACCAACAUUAUCAUCUAAAAAUAUUAGAGGUGAUAAUUAUUUUAUUUUUCUAAUAAAGAAAUUCUUCAACUAGAGCAUAGAUUAAACCCGAUAUAAUCUGGAUUGUUUAGUCUAUGAUUGGGGUUGACCAGAAAAACCAACCUUAGAACUGCAUUACAUUUUAAGUAAAGCAUUGAUGAACCAAAGUCAUUUUGAACCACAUUAAAAAAUUAAGCAAAUUUACACAGAAUUUUAGCAAUAUUGUUCACUAGAAAUUUUGCUUUGUGUAUUGAAUUUGUCAUAAUUAUCGACUACUAAUAAAAUAGAAGAUAUGCAAUCUUGUUUUUUCUUUCUUAUAUUCUUUAAUGUCAACCCAUGUAUCACAUAAGCCUCGAAUUAUAUGCUAAGUGGAAUCUAUGGAAGUGGAUGAAAUUUCGAAUUUGAAGAGGAGAAAUAGUAUUACCAUGAUAUGGAAUUUGUCUUUUUACAGUGAGUUCAUAUGAAGUGUAAAUUGGUAAAUUUUAUUUAUAUGCACAGUUCUUAAAAUUGAUAACUGAGUUUCCAGGGAAAUAAAAACUGUGCUGACAGAUGUCUUACUUCAUUCAUCCCAUUGAUGCAGGUAAUAAAUUAUAUUCCACGAAACAAUUUAAACUGCUUCCUAAUGGCACAUGUUUAACCAGUGAGAUAAGAAAUGUAAAGAUUUUGAGGUUGAACCGAGUUUGUGCAAUCAUUAAACUCGAAUAAAAAGAAAAUUUACAUACUAUCAAUGGCUAUUUAUUUACAUAUCAACAAAUAAAUAACAAAAGAUCUGUUGUUCAGUGUACAAAUCACAGACUAGAAUAGAAUACUAAUGUGAAGAUACUAAUACUAUGAAUACACCACAGGAAUGACAUAAAGCUGAUUUUGAUGAAAAAGAAUAGCGAACAAGCUUUUCAAAUGAAUAAUCAUGCUAUACUUUCAAAUAUAAGGGAUUUUAAUCUACAUUUAAGUGCAUUUCAAGUGUUUGACACAUUUAUAUUGCUACCACUUCUAUUUAUUUUAUAGCUCACUGCUAUCUUAGAAUAAUUUAUAAUUUUCUUCUAUUAUAUGACAAUUGCAUCUAUAAUAUUAAUAUUAUAGAUGGAAACGAUAGCGCAUAAAACCUUUGUUACUACAUCCAUAAUAAAUUAUUUUUAUGUUUUAUAUGCUCUAGAUAAUUUUACCAUCCAAGCUGAAUAACUAAAGUUACCAUAACUCACUUUAACUAAAGUUAAGUAAUUCAAUAAUCAAAAGAGCUCUUUACAUUUAAAGCCAUUCUAAGCAGUUUCACGUCUGCAAGCUAUAUCAACGGCAUGGAACUUCAAUAAAAAAACCAAAUUAAAUGCCUUUCAACGAAAUAUUCAUGAAUUUUAUUGUGAUUAUAACUGCAUCUAAUACAAUCGAUGAUGUAUGCAUUUUAAACAACGGAAAGAAAUUUAUCUGAUACUCUAAAAAACUUCGUUUGGUGGUUGAAUUUGUAAGUAUUUCAUGUGUAGGAAUUUUUCGAACUGAUGCAAGCUCAAAAGACCUUAAUUGAGAUAUGAUAAUAAGAAACCCGUAUUGUUUUUUCAAAAUCAAUAUGUUCAGUUCUUCUAUAAAGAUAUGGCACACUUUUUAGAGUGGCGAGAAGAGUUGAGAGAAAAAUGUAGUGCCUUAGAGAAGUUGAACUAGAAACAGCAAAUCUGAUUUAAUUAAAUUUAAAUUCAUUGAUGAAUAAAGUUUUAUCAAUGAAACGUCAUCUCAAAAAUAAAGAUCUCUGACGAGUAAGGCAUAAAUAAAUUAUGAGAAUAGUGCAAUAAAUAAUGGACUGCAAGUACCCACAAGUAUUGGAAUAUUUGAAAAAACAUUAAUGUUAGGAAUGAAGCUUUCUAAAUUGUGAUUGAGUGGAUUAUACACGUAAGAUUAUUAUAUUGAUGACUUAAAUAGAGUAAUUAAUAAUGAUAUUUGCAAUAGGUUCCAGGAGAAGUGGUAUGUUAUGAUAGAAUAUAAUGGGAAAAGAUUUCCGUAAUUACUGAACGUCAAGUGAUUAAACAGUCUAUUUAUUAAAAUUAUCUUGCCAAUAAUGAUGGAAAUGGUGUUCCUGCUUUUUUACGUGAACUAAAGCGUGUCUUUAGACUACAGGCUUAUAGACAUCACGUGACACAUUCAUAA